AUGGAGGCGGCCUUGCCCCAAGGACCCGGCACCCCGCAGCCCCACGCGCGGGGAGCGGCAAACGCAUUGGUCUGCUUCUUGCGCAGGAUAAAGGGCAAACUCUUCACCUGGAAUAUUUUGAAAACAAUUGUUCUGGGUCAGAUGUUGUCCUUGUGUAUAUGCGGAACAGCCAUCACCAGCCAAUAUUUGGCUGAAAAAUACAAAGUGAACACCCCAAUGCUUCAGAGCUUUAUCAACUAUUGCUUGCUGUUCCUAAUUUAUACAGUGAUGCUGACAUUUCGAUCAGGUAGUGAUGACCUUUUAUACAUCUUGAAAAGAAAAUGGUGGAAGUAUAUUCUGCUGGGACUAGCAGAUGUAGAAGCUAAUUACCUGAUGGUCAGAGCGUACCAGUACACGACUCUCACCAGUGUCCAGCUAUUGGAUUGCUUUGGCAUUCCUGUGUUGAUGGCUCUGUCGUGGUUUAUUCUCUAUGCAAGAUACAGAGUGGUCCACUUCAUCGCCGUGGCUGUCUGUCUCUUGGGUGUAGGAACCAUGGUUGGUGCAGACAUCUUAGCAAGAAGGGGAGACAAUUCAGGCAGUGAUGUGCUGACUGGUGACAUACUGGUCCUUCUUGGAGCGUCUCUCUAUGCUAUUUCUAAUGUGUGUGAGGAAUAUGUCGUGAAGAAACUGAGCAGGCAGGAGUUUUUAGGAAUGGUGGGCUUAUUUGGAACAAUUAUCAGCGGCAUACAACUAUUGAUUGUGGAAUAUAAGGAUAUUGCCAGCAUUCACUGGGACUGGAAAAUUGCUCUGCUCUUUGUGGCAUUUGCCCUCUGCAUGUUUUGCCUGUACAGCUUCAUGCCAUUGGUGAUUAAAGUCACUAGUGCCACUUCUGUCAACCUGGGUAUCCUUACAGCUGACCUCUACAGCCUUUUUUGUGGUCUCUUUCUAUUUGACUAUAAGUUUUCAGGGCUCUACAUCCUGUCCUUCACCAUCAUCAUGGUGGGCUUUAUUCUGUACUGCUCCACCCCGACACGCACGGCAGAGCCGGCUGAAAGCAGCAUGCCACCGGUCACCUGCAUUGGGAUCGACAACCUGGGGCUGAAGAUUGAGGAGAACCUCCAGGAGGCCCACACUACAGUCUUGUAGCUGGAGAAGAAGGCACACACAGGGGCACCGGAGGCUUCUCGGGAAACUGGGAGCCUCCACUGGGGAAAAGCAGAGCCCAUUGACUACUCAGAGGACACUGGAAAAAUGAUCAGACUCUGCCGCAUUGGAUUGGAUCCAGUGGUUAGAUUUUAGAAAGAAAACACAAAGCAAUGAGUUAUAAGCAGACAUAGCAAACUAGAGAAGAACCCAAGGCUAGGAUUGUUUCCAUGUGUUUGAGGACCGAUAACCUGUUAGUUAGGGAGACGAGGUAUGGGCGGGCCCCACACUGGGGAAGAGGAGGCCUGGGAGCCUUCAGCUCACGGAUGAAGCUAGUGACUGAUGGCAUAUGGUGGGGGAAGCAUAGAAGCUGGUGUCCAAUAAACCCAGUUGUUAAAUGUAGACACUACACUACUUCUUUGUAAUGUGCCAUGAGAUUUUUAUGAUACUUCAAAGUGUUACUAUGCAGUAGCCUGAUAAUAUCAACCAUCAGUAUGCCACUUUGAGAAAACUCUGGGUGUAUUAUUAUUAUUACUAUUUUGUUAAAAAUAUAAUAAAGAAACUGGGAGUAAGUGUUCAUAUUAUUAAAAUAUUUUGAAUUCAUGGAAAUACAUUCACUGGGUGGUUUCUUGGAUUAACUGUUUGCCCUUGUGGAUUUUAAAUGUCUCAAUAUAGUCAAGAUUUCUUUAUAUCCAAUUUUUCAGACUCAUGUCUUCUGUAAGGUAAGGCAAACCUAUCUGGGGGGGCCCUGCUGGGAUGGAGGGGAAUUCAGAGUGUUGCUGGAAUAAACA